AGCAAAGCGCUACGGCUCAAGCCGAAUCUCCACCGCGGCGAAAGGAACGGCCCUGGCAGGCUGCCAGCUUUGUCGAGAUGUCAAAGACGGGCUCCGGUGCGGACCUCCGAAAGUUCAUGGAAAAGCGGCUGGACCUCAAACUUACGGCCAACCGACAUGUCGUGGGCGUCCUUCGAGGUUACGACCAGUUCAUGAACAUUGUGCUGGACAACACCGUUGAGAUUGUAUCGCCAACGGAGAAGAACGAAAUCGGCAUGGUGGUCAUCCGCGGAAAAUUGUUUUGAAAGUAGAUUCGUCAGGUUUGUUCAAAUACGAAGCUGCAUUUCUGAGGUCGAUUUGCUCAAAGCCUGGAUUUGAUAUGUGUUGUGUUCCCGUUGGGGUUCUUCUGAGCAGCUGUGCACGACAAUGCUUCCAGGUUUGUUCGGUUGCGUGUCCAGCCAAGGAAACAGCAUCAUGAUGUGGGAGUGCCUGGACAGAGUGAAGUGAGGUGUGGUUGCUGCUCAAAGCUGCGCACAACACCAGGACGUUGCUGCCGCCCCACAAUCUGGUUGCUAUUGUGGUGUUCCAAAGUUCUCUGCUCAGGCUGCUGAACUUUAGUUUGAUUCACAGCAAGCUUAGGCAACAUUUUGGGCAUACGGGCGUUUGCUGCAUCGCAAGCACGACCACGAACUUCCUUCAGCAAGGCCAAUACAUAUGGGAAUCUAAAAGGGACUCCCACUGGCAUGUGGAGUUUUCUGUGCACGUUCACCAGAAAAGGCCUACUUACGGUGACCCGAUUUGCAAAUUUUUCAAUUGCUUUGGUUUUCGCAGACUGGCAGUUGCUCGGGACUGCCAAAGCGACGAUACAGAGAAGCAAGUCGAAGUUGGAUGCCCACGGAAGCAUCCACUUCCGCAUUAUGAGAGCAAUUUUGGCCAUUUAUGCCUGACAGGGAUGGCGAUGUGGCUUGUGAUUUGCGC